AUGCUCAAAUUCGAUUGUCCUGUUCAGGAUGUAAAUCAUGUCAAUCCACUCAAAUCUGAAAAUAGUUUAAAGUUGUCAUCGGUUGUGCAUGAAACAGUCAGUGUACCCCAUUUAGGAAUGUUUACAUCGUAUUUAGACGGGCGAGUAUCGGUGCUUUUUGUAGAUCGUAGUAUGUUGGAAAUGCGAUAUAAUCCAGCCAAUUCGACUGGCAUAUGCAAGAUACUAAGUUCUGAUGGAGAAACGGUCAUUGUUCGACUUGAGCGACCAUUAGGUUAUAUCAACUAUAUUCGACCUGCAAUGGAAUUCUUUAAAUGGACCUAUUCAGACCAUCAAACUCGCAAUGCACUUCAGUCUAAACGCACCGAAAUCAACAGCAUAGUUGAUACCAUGCGUCAAAGAUCAAACCAAUUUACCAGUCGUUUACAAGCUAUUUCAGAUAAAAGUAGUUCAAAAACAGGGACCGCUCAGCAAACAUACCAUAGGAUGAUUACAGAUACUCAACAGCGCAUCAAAUUAUAUCUAUCAAAUUGAAACCAUUGUUUUUUGGACAAGCAUUUCAGCUGUUGCUUAGCAAUCUGGUCUAUCGACGUUGAUGAUUACCAGAAUAAGAGCGGUCAUAUUUCUGUCCACACGCCAUAUAUAGAUUGUGAUUCAUACAAGUGUGUAUUUAAAUAAAGUUAUAUUGUUAGUCAA